UAACACCUAACAUUCACAUUCUAGAAAUUAAGGAACCAUAAAUUAAGUUCAUUCCAUAAUGACUAUUUAUAAAGUAUUAGGUAAUGUAAAAAAUGUUAGUGUAUCGAAUUUUAUCAAAAGGUCACGGCAUUAUAAUGGACCAGUACACUACAUGUCCAGCUAUGCGAAAUACGCCGAACAUAAAGAACUUACCAAAAUUAGAAACAUAGGAAUUUCAGCUCAUAUAGAUUCAGGUAAAACAACUUUAACAGAACGAAUCCUGUAUUACACUGGACGGAUAGAAGCAAUGCACGAAGUCAGGGGAAAAGACAAUGUUGGGGCUACAAUGGAUUCCAUGGAAUUGGAAAGGCAAAGAGGAAUUACUAUACAAUCAGCAGCUACCUAUACUCUAUGGAAAGAUCAUAAUAUUAAUAUUAUAGAUACUCCUGGACAUGUCGACUUCACUGUAGAAGUAGAGAGAGCAUUGCGAGUGCUAGAUGGAGCAAUUCUAGUGCUUUGUGCUGUUGGAGGAGUUCAAAGUCAAUCUCUUACAGUUAAUAGGCAGAUGAAAAGGUACAAUGUACCUUGUCUCGCUUUCAUUAAUAAGUUGGACAGAUUAGGAGCCAAUCCUAAAAGAGUUCUUUCACAAAUGAGGUCUAAAAUGAAUCACAAUGCUGCUUUUAUCCAGUUACCAAUUGGAACUGAAAGUAAUUGCAGAGGUAUCAUCGAUUUAAUAACAUGCAAAGCUAUUUACUUUGAUGGUGAUUUUGGAGAACAGAUUCGAUAUGAUGACAUUCCUAAAGAUAUGAUAGCAGAAAGUGAAGAAAGGCGACAUGAACUGAUAGAACAUUUAUCAAAUUGUGAUGAUAAUUUAGGUGAAUUAUACUUAGAAGAAAAAUCGAUAUCAGAAAGUGACAUCAAAGCUGCUAUUCGUAGAACUUGUUUAAAACGUACUUUUACACCAGUUUUGGUUGGAACUGCCUUAAAAAAUAAAGGUGUACAACCACUAUUAGAUGCUGUUCUGGACUAUCUGCCUAGUCCAGGAGAGGUUCCCAACUAUGGUCUAAUAGAGAAAAAUGACGAAGAACCCAUAAAAAUUCUUCUAGAUUCGACAAGGAGUGAUGAGAAGUGUUUUGUGGCUUUAGCUUUCAAACUAGAAGCUGGUCGAUUUGGUCAGUUAACAUAUAUGAGGUGUUAUCAAGGAAUGCUUAAAAAAGGAGACACCAUCUACAAUGUUCGAACGCAGCGUAAGGUAAAAAUUGCAAGGCUAGUUCGUUUACACUCAAAUAACAUGGAAGACGUUAACGAAGUCUAUGCAGGUGAUAUAUUUGCUUUAUUUGGAGUUGACUGUGCCAGUGGUGAUACUUUCGUAACUGACCCCAAGUCUGAAAUAUCUCUAGAAUCAAUCUAUGUACCAGACCCUGUUGUAUCAAUGGCUAUUAGCCCCGCAAAUUCGAAAGAUAGAGAUAAUUUUUCAAAGGCCAUUGCCAGGUUUACCAAAGAAGAUCCAACUUUCCAUUUUUUCUUUGAUAAUGAUAAUAAAGAAACCAUUGUAUCUGGUAUGGGAGAAUUGCAUUUGGAAAUUUAUGCUCAAAGAAUGGAAAGAGAAUAUGGUUGUCCUGUGAACUUAGGCAAGCCCAAAGUAGCCUUUAGAGAGACACUCGUUUCACCUUGUGAAUUUGAUUACUUACAUAAAAAACAAUCCGGGGGACAAGGGCAAUAUGCUAGAGUAACAGGAAUCUUAGAACCUUUGCCACCAAAUAAAAAUACACUACUAGAAUUCACAGACGAAACUGUUGGUACAAACGUACCUAAACAGUUUAUUCCUGGGGUUCGGAAAGGGUAUUUGGCCAUGGCUGAAAAAGGGUUGUUAGCAGGUCACAAAUUGUCAGGAUUAAAAUUCAGACUUCAAGAUGGUGCCCAUCACAUGGUCGACUCCAGUGAACUUGCAUUCUUCCUUGCUGCUCAAGGCGCCAUAAAACAAGUAUUUGAAAAUGGUGCCUGGCAAAUUCUAGAACCUAUCAUGUCUGUUGAAGUUACAACCCCUGAUGAAUUUCAAGGAGCUGUCAUGGCGCAACUGAACAAAAGGCACGGUAUAGUAACUGGCACUGAAGGUACCGAAGGUUGGGUAACGAUCCACGCGGAAGUUCCUUUGAACGACAUGUUUGGAUAUGUCGGGGAACUAAGAUCAUUUACCCAAGGAAAAGGUGAAUAUAGCAUGGAAUAUAGCAAGUAUAUUCCUUGUUUGCCUGAAGUUCAGGAGAAACUAAUUCAAGAUUAUCAAAAAUCGAUGGGUCUUUUGCCUGAAAAAGAUAAGAAGAAGAAGAGGAAUUAAUUUAUUCUAAACUUAGGAAUUUAAUUUUAUUUAAAAAAAUGUAUAUACAUUAGAAAGUUUAAGUUUAUUAUAAUGGUUUUAUAUAAUAACGAACAACUC